AAUACACAUUAAACUGAUGCCACCAUUCGUAUAAACGAGAGGACUAUGAAUAAGCACUACUACUCAGUUUCUGUCCUUCACGCACCAAUGGAGUCCACGCCAAGGCUCCUCCUCCUCCUCCUCCUCACGGUGGCCACGCUGAUACUAACGCGCGCGACGCACGUGAUGUCGGCGACGGCGUGUCCACCGUGCGGCAAAAUGACGGUGCCGUUUCCUCUGAGCACAACGAGGACGUGCGGUGACCAGUCGUACAAGAUCCGUUGCAGCAAUUCGAGCACGCUCAUGUUCGACACGCUGAACAACUCUUACCCAAUCGAGUCCAUAGAUUCAAAAGGCCAAAGGUUGGUGAUUCAGCCCGCACCAUUAAUAGCCAACACCUGCGUCUCCACCGAUAAGGCGAAGGAGGGGAUCCAACUGAACAAUACUCUCCCUUUCAACAUCACAAGCUCCAACACCAUCAUUUACCUUAACUGCACCCGCGAGCUUCUAAUGUCUCCCCUUAACUGUUCCUCUUCUAGCAUUUGCCAUAACUACAUCAACGCCACUUCUUCCGCUGCCACGUGUCAGUCUGGUCCUCUCUGCUGUAACUACCGAACCGGUGGCUCCAGUAACUCCUACAUGAUUCGCGUGAGGGAUUCCGGUUGUAGCGCUUACUCGAGUUUCGUUAACCUUAACCCGGUUCUUCCCGUUAACCGGUGGCCCCAACCCGGGUUGGAGAUUCAGUGGUUGUCGCCCCGGGAAACCGUAUGUGUCUCCCAGGGUGAUUGUGACUCUGCCACCUCCACUUGUGGACCCGACACGUCAUCUCCCAAUGGGAUCAAACGCUGCUUUUGUAUCAACGGACUUGUGUGGGACCCUAUUCAGGGAGUGUGCACAAAAAGAAUCACUUGCCAGAAUCCCGAUGGCUGUGGCGACUCAUCCGACAAGACGGCGAUCAUAGCUGGUUUGAUAUGCGGAGUUGGAGCUGCACUGAUCCUUGCCACCAUUGUAUUUUUUCUCUACAAACGGUACAAGCGCAUCAAAGAAGCACAAGAGCGCCUAGCAAGAGAGCGAGAAGGAAUUCUCAAUGCAAGUGGCGGAGGCAGAAAUGCUAAGCUUUUUUCCGGCAAAGAGAUAAAGAAAGCCACAAUUGACUUCUCCAGUGACCGUCUUCUUGGUGUUGGUGGGUAUGGUGAAGUCUACAAAGGUGUUCUUCUAGAUGGCACUGUGGUGGCUGUCAAGUGUGCUAAACUUGGAAACCCAAAAGGCACUGAUCAAGUCCUCAAUGAGGUUCGCAUAUUGUGCCAAGUCAACCACCGAAACCUUGUUGGUCUUUUAGGUUGCUGUGUGGAACUGGAGCAACCUAUUAUGGUCUAUGAGUUCAUAGAAAAUGGGACCCUUCUCGAUCAUUUGCAAGGUCAAAUGCCAAAGGGACGUGGUUUGCUUACUUGGACUCAUCGCCUUCAAAUUGCUCGUGAUACUGCUGAUGGUCUUGCUUAUCUUCACUUCAUGGCUGUGCCUCCUAUAUAUCAUAGAGAUGUUAAGUCUAGCAACAUUUUGCUAGAUUUCAAGUUGAAUGCUAAGGUUUCAGAUUUUGGGUUGUCUAGGUUGGCUCAGACAGAUAUGAGUCAUAUAUCUACUUGUGCUCAGGGCACUCUUGGGUAUCUUGAUCCUGAAUAUUAUAGGAACUACCAAUUAACUGAUAAGAGUGAUGUUUAUAGUUUUGGGGUGGUGUUGCUUGAGCUUUUGACAGCUCAAAAGGCAAUAGAUUUCAACCGGCCUGCAGAUGAUGUGAACUUGGCUGUUUAUGUACAACGGAUGGUGAUGGAGGAAAGGUUGAUGGAGGUCAUUGAUCCCAUGUUGAAGGAUGGAACUACCGCUAUGGAGAUAGAGACGAUGAAGGCGUUGGCGUUUCUUGCAUUGAGUUGCUUGGAGGAAAGGAGACAGAACCGACCCUCAAUGAAAGAGGUAGCAGAGGAGAUUGACUAUAUUAUUAGUAUUGCCUCUGCAAAGGAAGUGGAGAAGUAGUUUGAUCUUUGGAUGUUUGUAAAGUUGUGGACUUGUCUGAUGGUGUUUUUUGGAUUUUGUCUGUACUUAGAUUGUGUUUGUUUUUGUUAGGUUAAGUGUGGAGUUUUAGGGUCUUGUUUUAUAUUUGUAGUUGUAGUAUGUAUAUGUACUGCCUUGAUAUGCUGGAAAACACAUUUUGUUCUCCAACAGCAUACUUGAAUACUACAAAAACGGAUUCGGG